CAUCAAUAGAUUGACUUCAAAUUUUUUACACGUACACUGCAGACCAAGAACUAUUAUGUGACAAAAACCAGACAGUUCUAGCUUAUUUAGCGUCUGAGGUAUGAACAAAACAAAAAAGUUCAUUAUGGUGGUUGAUCAAUUUUGGUACCCACUGUAUAUAAUAAAUUGAAAGUGCUAUAUUAAAAUGAAAAUAAAAUAACUUGAUUUUCAAAUUUGUAAAAUAUGUUCUAAUCGAUAUAUCAUAAGCGAAAUUCCAGGAAUGCCUAUAUGAAUUCACUUUCGAUUUUCUAAUUAGAAAAUCGAAUUUCUUAUUUCUUUCCUCUUGAAAACGGCAUUUUCGCGCAUUUAAAAAUUCCUUUCAGAAUUCAUAUAGGCAUUCUUUGAAUAUCCUUGUUCUUUCUCCAUAGAUUAUUUUCUAUCUAGCAGUGUAUUCAUUUCUCUACUCUAUCCGACACAUUUUGUUACGAUGAAAGAAAGUUACCUGACUUCUGGAGAUCAACAUAUCCACAUGAUAAUCAACAAAAUCUUUAUGCUAACAUAACUAGUAUCUAUGAUGAGACAUUUGUUGAUCAAUCAAUUCCGUUUGACAUAUAUUUUCCUAAUAUUGAUUCUCUUCAUAUCAAACUUCCUAUUCAUAACCAGUUUUGGUCUACUAUUUCAAAUUUCAAUCGGUUGUAUUCACUUAUCGUCUCAUUCCAUAUAGAUACUUUUCAAUCUCAAUUGCAAACUUUACUAGAUCGACCACCACAUCUUCGUUUUUUACAGAUCAAUCAAAAUGAAUCAUUACCUCUGCAAAUAUCAUUAUUCCAAUAUACAAGUAAAUCAGUUCAUGUACUCGAUCUACAAAACUGUAACUAUUCUUUCAAUGAGGAAGAAUGUAUGAAAUUAUGUCAUUCACCAUUAGGGAUUCAAUGUGAAAUACUUUCUAUCAAUGUGAAAAAUCGCGAAAGUAUUAAUAUUUUUGUCAAGUAUAUGACCAAUCUUCGAGCAUUACAUAUCAAAUAUGAAGAUAAAACGUUCAAUCAACGAUCAACAUCAGAAGAAAAUGCCAAUGAUGAAUUUCGUGAUGAAAAUAUAGACGACAGCGAUGAACUUAUUCAUUGGUUAGAGGAUCAUUUACUAUCAACAUGA